AUGCCAGUCGGUUCUUGGAUUGCUCUGGCCCUGGGGCUUGCCGUGGCUACUUCGGCCGCCCCCAACUCCAUCGAGGCGCCAAUUGGUGCCGCUAAACUCACAGUUGCUCUGCUCGGAGACUAUGGCUGGACUGGCUGGCAGCCUCUGCCUCUGGACUUUUGUAAUAAUGUCUUGCCUAGACUCAAGGCGGACGGUGUCGAUAUCCCUCGCGAGAUACAGAACGAUUGCGAUGCUGGUGACCGCAACGCUAUAUCGAAUGCUACAAUCGAAGAGACCAAGACUGCCCAGUAUAUCGAGCAGGUGUGUCUUAUGAAGAACUGUUCCGCCUUCGUGUCCGUCGGCGACAACUUUUACGACAGCGGUGUCGACUUUACCUCGAUCGGUAUUCAGCGCUUCUAUGAGGGAUGGCGUGAUAUGUAUGUGGGUGAGGCGUUUGAUGGCAAGCCCUGGUACCAGGCUAUUGGUAACCAUGACGUUGUCGUGGGUAAAGCCGGUGUUGAAUUCCAAACUCAUAUUGCCCCCUUGAUGGAUGAUCGCUGGUUCUUCGGCCACGAUAAGCUGCCUUACUAUACCUAUGAUCUCAAGGGCUCCAACUGGACUGCAACCUUUGCUGUUGUCGAUUCGGAUUGCUUUAUCAACGAUUACCAGAAGAGCACAUCCGUCUACAACACCGACUACGUCAUCGAGUGUCACAAGGACACCCAGACGCAGAUUGAAUUCCUGCGUAAGUCCUUCGAGGAGUCUGACGCUACCUGGAAGAUCCUCCAGAUCCACCAUGGUUACAUCUCUUCCUCGGGCAACUACACGGAGCUAGCCCCACUAAUGGAUAUCGUGCGCGAGCACAAAGGUGUGGUCAUCAAUGGUCACGAUCACUGUAUGGCUCACUACCAGUAUCAGGGCUUAGACUUCGUGCUCACUGGUGGUGCCGGUUACGCCGAGGCUGGCGACUGCAACUUUGGCGUGCCUCUCGGCCCUUUCGCCAAGUGGCUCGGCGCUGACGCCCAGCAGGCUGCGAAUGGCUUUGUCACUCUUGAUAUUACCUCCGAGUCCUUGCAGUUCGAGUACUACGCCCGUGACAUGCAGCUGAAGGGUACUGACUACUACCCUGUGGCCAAUGACAUUAAGCCUUCGUACAGCUUCACCGUCACCGAACACGCCGCUUAA